AUUUAUGUAGUAAUACCUGUCGGUCAUACGUAUAUGUGCGUACAAGUAGAACCAUAAUGGGUAGAACCGUUGCAUUUCUUUUAUAUUUUUCAAACAUUUCGAAAGCAGAAAUAUUUGCGUUCUUCAAUCUUGCAUUGCGUAUAUUUUGGCUGCUAGGAUUUCUAACAGAGGCAGCAGCAGAGGGGCCUGUGAACUCCGAUGAAGAAAAAUGGAAUUAUGGACUGCUUGGAUUUUUCAUGUCGUAUCUUCUACCUCUGCUUAUGGGAAUACUUCUCUUGGAUGGUGUCCGUCAUAGAAAUAUGGGAAUGUGCAAAUUGUGGCUAAUCUAUCAAAUCGCUGUAUUUGUGGGUUGUGGAGUUAUUCUUUUCAUGGCCAACUGGACCCUAACAUUAUCGUCAAGAAAAAUGACUAUAGUUUUGAGUUCAAUUCUCUUCAAAACAAUCGGAAUGUGGAUAGUAUUGGACUUUCUUCGACAAUUUGAAGACCAGAACGAUUGUAUUGUAACUUUGACCGUGUAGAGUGCACCAGACAAUGACACGAUGGAACUCUCAAGGGGUUAUCCAAUUAUUUCUAUAAAAAAUAAAAGAUUUCGUCCAAAGUUCGUCGAGCAUGAAUUAUUCUGACAAUAUUGCAUGCUCGAAAAAUGUUAUUAUGCAACUUGAAAGAACUAAUAGAAAAUAUUUAUAUACUAUUCUCAUCUAAUUGCGCUGUGCUUCAAAAUAAUGACAUUAUUGAUUAAUUCCUACAAAUAGGCAUGCAUAACACGUUUUCAGCA